AUGUCCUCCAAUAAGAACAGUCUGUCCGACUUCGAGGCCUACCUCAGAUACAAGGAGCACUCCCUGGAAAACCUGCAGUUCAUCAUAUGGUUCCAGGAUUAUCGCAGACGCUUCUUUGCCCUCUCCGAAAUCGAGAAAGCGUACAGCCCAGGUCCAUCCGCUUCAGAAUUCCAGACACCCUCGAGCCUCAGUCACGCAGACGUUGAACGCCGAGCCCUUGACAGUUUCACAAAGCUGCAAUGUAGUCAUGGCCGAUGCCAUGUUUCUUGCCAACUGGAGUCCCUGUCACCUUCCAUCUCACCAAACGCGCGUUCCGAGAAUGUUCGCUUAAAUCGUUUAGCCCCCUUAACAACCACCCUAGCCCCGUGCUCACCCGCUCCGUCGCUUCCUUCUUCGCCAGCCACACCGUACACAACUCGACGAGUUUCCCUUAUUCCCCUAUUGUCCGCGUCUCCUCCCUCUGCAUUCCAUCUUACCUCACCGGGCGUCGCUUUCACGACACCCGAUCCAAAUAAUGGCAACGUCCCACAUGGACUGGACCAUAACACACUUCCAUCAUCGCAAACCGGAUCCCACGUCAAGCUCCACGAGAAUCACACAUCACAAUGUAUACACGACAAGCAACCUUUUCGCGUGGAAUGCAUGCGUAUUGUUGCGACAUUCCUUCAGCCCGGCGCCGUGAAAGAACUUCCGCUCGAUGAGAUCAUCCGUGAUACUGUAGUGCGAGAUCUAACAUCCAGUACGCAUCCAGACGUGUUCCUCACUGCUUAUGAAGAAAUAUAUCAAAUGACAGAGCACACCAGUCUACCUCGAUUUUUGGCAUUUUCAACUACGAACAUUAAUCGCCCGAAGCAGUUAUUUUGGUAUCUUUGCGGCGUUCUUUUCCUCUUGACUAGCGUCGCUUCUGCAGUGGCAAUCAUCACCAUGGUUCCUGACUCCAACUCCUCAAAUCGGGCUUGGAGGCUUUUUGCCCUUCCUUGGGCAUGGUUUGGGUCAAUGCAGAUAUACGCUGCCUCUAUGGGCUUCUGUAACCAGGUAUGGAGCCGAAAUGGUGUUCAACUCCAUGCCUGGGAGCUCUCAGAGGUCGACGAAGAAUCUAAACUUUUCGUUGAGAAGAUCAUAUCAAACGCGACUCACGACAGCUCUUCUGAGCGACAUGCACCCCAUGCCACCCUUGUGAUUACCCCCCAUUCACGCCCCAACGUCCCUCAUGUCCAUACACAGCCACGAUCCCGUUCCUCCUGUUAUACUGAUUCCACCAUUAACGCUACCACCAACAACGUCAGCUCUAGCGUAACGCAUAGCGACCCAUGGGCGUCCCAGCCCCACGAAUUCGACGAGCCGCUAACACCAUACCCACUCCCACCACGCGAGGCAACAUCUACCCUCGACUCGCAGACAGUUUCUGUCGUUGCGCCGUUCCUAUCGCUUGAUCACGAAGAUGACAAAACCGGCGAUCAGAAAACACCCUCGCGUGAAAUCCGCGAAGUCUAUCCAGAGUCCCAUGAUGGGACUCUGGCACGCCCACCCAUAUUUGGCCCAGAGAGGGUCGUUCAGGACGCUAGAAUAAAAGCUGCCCAUGGUCGAGUGAUGAACUCGAUCUGGUUGGUAGGGUUCGUGUAUGUAUUGAUUUUCUCGGCCGUCAUUUUCUCGGUGCCUAGCCGUGUUCGUUCGUAA